AUGUUAGAAGGCCAUGCUCUAGAAGUCACUCUGACGGCGGCCAACUCGGCGGCACAGGCGUGGUAUGGAUAUGAUCAGGGUGUCGUCAGUGGCAUGCUUGUAAGUGCGGACUUCAUCAAAGUCUUUCCACAGACGAAGAAGUCCGAUAUCCAGGGGAUCACCGCCAGUUGCUUCUCGGUAAGUAUCUGGGUCUCAAGCAUUGCAAUCUUUGACUCAUAA